UGAGUGCAUCGCGACGCACGCCACGCCGCGCCGCGCCGCCGACCCUGCUUACGCGCUGUAUCAAGUGUGAUAAAUGUGUAUUGUGUGUACUGCAUAACAACAAACGAAAUACUCUAAUAAGUUUUCGGCCUGGAAUGGAUAUAAUACCCGUAUUUACAUAAUCAGGAAUGUGUUUGUUUACUCAAUGAGUGUUUUUUAUUUCUGUUUUCUCUAAUAAAACGCGGAUCAAAGAGCGAAGGGUGUUCGGAAUGCAUCAGGCGCCCAUACCGCGAUCUAUUUCCGGGCGCGGGCGUCGGCCGUAUUCGUUUGUACGGCGUUCAUUUUGAAGUAAAACAUGCGUGAGCUCGGCCGCGGGGGCUCACUCGUAGCCGCCACCAUAGCGGCGUUGCACAACCGAACCGCGAUCGAGGAGAAAUCUCGCGCGAUCAAACGCCGACCGACCUCCGCGGAAGCUAGAAAUGUCCCGCGAACUAUAAGGGAAGAACACGACGAGUGUUCGCGGCGAGCGUCGGGGUGCAGCGAGCGUCCGGUGUCCACCGCGUCCGAGGCAUCUGAACACGACUCCGCUUCCGUUCAGUCCAGUGAGGAGCCGCCCCCACACGAGAGCGGCGACUCGGAUAGUCCUGAAGAGGCGACAGUCAAAUGCACUAAGUGGCCUGACGGUGCGGUCGUCGCGGCCCGCGCUGACUCCUCCGACACGGAGUCCAGUUCCUCCAGUGACGUUGACUCGGAUGAACAAGAAUAUGAACCCGGACGUGCCGACGCCGAUUAUCGCACAUUGACACCGAGUAGGCGGCUGGAUAAUUCUACACGCAGAGAUGAUAGUUUCAAGUGGAUGCCGCCGGAAGACAUGGGAGAAGAUAUAGGCGAACCUAUUUCGAUGGAGACUCGAGCCGAAGAAUACUCGUCUGCUAGUUUGGAUAGGAGGCGACGGACUCCGGGCGAUCGCAGCGAUCGCGAUCGGAAGUCUAGAUCGUCGAUGUCAUCGAAACCGCCUCAGCACCCGUCUCACCCGUGUAGCGUGCGCGCGUCACCGCGGCCGCGUCGCUCGCGACCCGAAGAAGCGUCUCCGGAACUGCAAAGGCGAUGGAAUUCGUACGAACAUUUCCGUUGGCCAGAGGGUGGUCCAACCCCGUGGUGGCCACCGAUGUGCUGGUGUCACGGGCCGCCCGCGCCACCGCCCUGCUGCAUGCACGACCGCUCAUGGCCCUCACACCCAUCGCUACCGCCCGUACCCGCACGAACCUACAAGAACGAUGCGGAGGAGCGCGUGCGGCGGUUAGAAGCGGAUAAGGAAAGUCUGCAACUGCAGGUGCAAGUGUUAUCGGAACAGAUUGCGGCGCAGAGUGAGAAGAUGUCCGAUCUAGAAAGGGCUCUCCAUGACGCGCGACAGAGGCUUGAUGACGCCGAACAGCGGCUGCAGAAGGAAAUGCUGCAGCGGUCGUCCCUGGAGACUCAAAAAUUGGAGCUGCUAUCGAAGCUAAGCGAGGCGCGGCUGCGCGCGGUUGAGCGCGGCGUGCUCGAGCGGUCGCCGCCGCCCGCGGAUAUUACGCCUGUAGCCCGGCCUGCGCCGCCCAGGACCCCACCAGCGAACUACGGGCGUCAAAUCGAGCGCAACACGCACAUGUACUCAUCGCUACCGCGCUCGUCCAUCAUCACAUCGGAGGCGCGAGUGGCGUUCGGUAAACAACAACAACACAACAUGGUGGUGGCGCGCGGGCGAGGGCAUUCCGUCCCGAAUCUAGCGGAGAAAGAAGAAGCAAUACCACGUGGCAGUCCGUCACCUUCACUACGAGAAGUGCGCGCGCGGCUUGGUAGUGGCUCCGUGCGGCUGGAGGGCGACGAGCUGGCGCGCGGGGACACGCGGGCCUCGCUCACUGCGCAUGCGCGGCCCAACAUACCCGCGCCCUGGCAAACAACAGACGUGCGACAAUGGGACUGCGAGACAACAUGCGGCUGGCUGGAGAGUCUCGGCCUAGAGUCGUACGUGCCGGCGGCGCGCACGUGGCUCAACGCAGCCCCUGACGCGCGCGGCGUGAUAGCCGUCGCCUCGCACCACACCAUCGAGAAGGAACUGGCUAUCAAACAUCCCAUGCACAAGAAGAAAAUCGUUCUUGCGCUCACGGAUCUGUUGGGCGGGCACGGCGACGCGCUGCUGACGGCGGCGGGGCAGCUGGACACGGCGUGGGCGCUGCGCUGGCUGGAGGACGUGGGGCUGUGCGGCGCGCGCGCCGCCGCCGCCGACGCGGCGCUGGACGGCCGCGCGCUGCACCGCCUGGCGCACCACGAGCUGCACGCCGGCCUGAGGGUCACGCUGCAGCUGCACGCGCUCUCCGUCCGGAGAGGUAUCCAAGUCCUCCGCGACAACAAGUUCAACCCGGACACGAUGAUCCGGCGCGCGGUGGAGGGCGAAGCGGCCGCGAGCGGGGCGGAGGGCGAGGCGGCGCCCGGCCUGGCGCGCUGGUCCUCGCACCGCGUCAUGCAGUGGCUCAAGGAGAUCGACCUCGCCGAGUACGCGCCCAACCUCAGGGGAGCUGGUGUUCACGGCGGUCUCAUGCUGCUGGAACCCCGUUUCACGGCGGAGCUGCUCGCGGCGCUGCUCAACAUUCCUGCCAACAAAACGCUACUGAGGCGGCAUCUCACGCAAAGAUUUAACGACUUGCUCGGUCGAGAAGUGAUACAACAGAAACGAAACGCAGAACAAACUCUCGGUUAUCAACCGCUAACAGCAACCACCAAAUAUAAGGUACCAAAGAAGAGUCAGUUUUCAUUGAAGAGGAAAAAGAGCAAAGACGAGUUGGACCUCGGUGACCUGGUGUGCCCGUUACACGACGACAGCUCAGGUGACAUACCCACAUCGCCUACGAUGAAAGUAAAAUCAGCGGCAGCCGUCGCGUCGGCUGUCUGUCCCCCGCGUGACGACGCGCGUGCGCACUAGCGCCGCCGGCUGGCACCGCCGGCCACACGCACGCAGACACACGGACACUCGGGGCUAUAUAGUGGAUUCUACUGCUGGUUAGACUAAAAUUCUAAAGGACACUUCUGAAGAACUGAAGUGAUGGCGUGUCUAGUUGAAUCAAGAUUGACUUACGCGAUCAAGACUUCGUAGGCGACGUUUAAUUUCUGGUCAACUCCAAGUCUGUGCAGUAGCGUAUCUAGGACGAUUUUGGGCCAGAUUGCACUAAAAAAAAGGUCUAUCGAGUCGGUUGUGAGGUGGAUGACCGACCUCGGCAACUCUGGUGUCGGGGUUAUUAUUGAGCCGCCAUAGGCCCCUGACAUGGCUCAUACUACUAUCCGGGUACUACCAGUGAUAUGUCCUGGGAAUAUCCCCAAAGUGGGAACAUUAACUUUGUGUUUGAAAGAACUCUUUAAAUAGUAAGGACGUUUGGCUGCUUCAAUCAAUCUUUCUGGUACUCUGAUCCUAUCUGCCUAAAGGCUAGGUAAUAAAAAUAUGUUUACAUAAUUUUGCACCUUUAUGCCGAGAAUAAUUCCGAAGUGGGUAUAUUUCCGGGAACGGCAUAUCGUUGAGUACUACAUAACCUACAAUUGCAAGCCAAAUCUCUUCCAAAUUAAACUCCUAGAUCCGCCACUGGUUCUAUAGCUUUAAGGGAUUAACACAAGGACAUAUUGAUAGUGUGUUUGUUGAUACGGAAUCUUGUAAGGAUAGAGAGUUAAUUCCAAUGAGGAUAAAA